GCCACUCGUAAAGCCUUGCAGCCCUUUUGCAGCAGUUCAUUUCAAGCCCAAAUCUUUCGGAACCAUGUAAAGAAUCAUUUAGCCAUUCAGGUUUCCACCUAAGAACUUUGCUUCCUGAAGCAGACUUCUCUAGAGAACAAUUAUUGAGAAGGACUCCUGAGCUAAACAGCCAACAUGAAAGGUGAAGAAACUCGGCAGCGGAGGAAGGAAGGCCGGACUAGAAAUGGAGAGCGGUCCAAGCACAGAGCAAAGACCAAGAGUAAACACAAAGAAAGCAAACUUGGCACCCAGGGAACAGAGGAUGGCCCUUUGCUCCUGCCUCCAAAGCAGCCGGCUGAGGCAAAAGUGGCUAUGGCAAAGCUGCAGGAGGAAUCUGCCCUUGCCAUUGGCCUACAGGUGCUGCUGCCUUACUUGUUGGCUGGCAUAGGCAUGGUCCUUGCGGGGAUGGUCUUGGAUUAUGUGCAGCACUGGAAGGUGUUUAAGACAAUCACAGAAAUAUUUAUCCUGGUUCCAGCCCUGGUUGGCUUGAAGGGUAACCUUGAAAUGACCUUGGCAUCUAGACUUUCUACUGCUGCUAACACUGGACAGAUGGAUGAUCCCCAUGAAAAGUGGAAAAUGGCUACCUGUAAUUUGGCCUUGAUUCAGACACAAGCCACAGUGGUGGGACUCCUGGCAGCUAUAGUUGCAGUCCUUCUUGAGGCCAUAACCAAAGGGUAUGUUGAACUGAACCAAGCAGCCCUGUUGUGUGCCAGCAGUGUGACAACGGCAUUCAUUGCUGCUCUCUCGCUCGGUCUGGUGAUGAUUGGUGUAAUCAUUGGUGCAAGGAAGGUCGGGAUUAACCCAGACAACAUUGCAACCCCCAUCGCGGCAAGCCUUGGAGAUCUGAUCACCCUUUCCUUGCUUGCUGGAAUCAGCAGUACGCUCUUCAAAUACAUUGAUGUCAGUUACCUUUCCCCCUUGAUCUGUGCCAUCUUCAUUGUAAUGAUUCCUCUGUGGGUUGCUAUUGCCAAGCAGAGUCCUCCCAUUGCUGAAGUACUGAAGUCUGGAUGGCAGCCAGUCAUUGUUGCAAUGACCAUCAGCAGCAUUGGUGGCCUCAUCUUGAACAAAACUGUGACCAAAACAAACUUUGAAGGCAUGGCUGUUUUCACUCCCGUAAUCAAUGGUGUUGGUGGCAAUUUGGUAGCAAUCCAAGCCAGCCGCAUUUCUACGUUUCUUCACUUCUGGAGCAUGCCUGGUGUCUUGCCGUACAAGAUGAGACAGCACUGGCCCAACCCAUGUACCACCUUCUUCACUUCAGGGGUCAAUUCCAAGUCAGCUCGUGUCCUUCUCCUGUUGGUGAUCCCAGGGCACCUGGUGUUUUUGUACACCAUUCAUGUUCUACAGGGAGGCCACACAUCUCUCACCUUCAGUUUUGUGUCAUUUUACCUGAUGGCUGCUCUACUGCAGGUGGGAAUCCUGCUCUACAUGGCUGACCUGAUCGUAAGGCUGAUGUGGCGAAAGGGACUAGAUCCUGACAAUUUCUCCAUCCCCUACCUCACUGCGCUGGGAGACCUCCUAGGCACUGGAUUCCUAGCACUUUGCUUUUACCUGGUUUGGCUGAUCAAUGGGCUGCAGAUAAAACUGGGAAACUAAAGAGACUUCAACAGUACUGCACUGCCCAUGGCUCUCACAAGCGAGACUCUCACAAUGGUGCUUUUAACAUGGUCCAACAGGGUAUUAGAAGGACAACAACCAGGUCUUUAAACUGGAAUGUAUUGGAUAUCCCUUCCCUUUGACCUCAACAUUGCACAUCAAGUGUUGUUUCAAAAAUACUGGUGAAAUAGCAUCCAUGUGGACUGCGGCAGUGUCUAACAGUGAAAAGGUUGUGGAGCUCUGUUCUAGCCAGCCCAUAGGGUUAAGAAGUGUUACUGUAAGGGACUGGUCGGACUGGUCUUGGUCUGAAAUUGUCAUUAAUAGGAGGUUAUCCACUGAUCUCAGUGGGUUUUAGAUAAUGCCCUGAUGAGGAUGUUGUUGCACUGUCUCUGCCAGAAAUCAGCUGGUAAUAAAUGACGACAUUUUCCUGCCUAUCUUUCUUCCAUAUGUUCCAAGAGAGAGAAGGAGAAUUAUGUCCAGGGCAGUUUGUACUCUACACAAAAAGUUCCAAAUUUUAUAUUAGGGAACGUGAAACUUUGUUCUGACGCAGCUCAGAUUCUACAUAACAGUCAUGCAUACAUCUGUGGAAAUUUGUGUGUUUUGCAUUAUGUUUAUCAAUUUGCAUGCUUUAUGCUUUGAGUUUUGUAGAAUUCUAGAAUUGUUGCUAUUGUGGAAGCCAAGAGUUCAGUGUCAGUUAGAAAUGGGCAGACAGUGUCUCAGGAUAAAUAAAUACGAUAAGAAACCAAGAGGCAGGCACUAGAGUGCCAAAAAGUAAUAGUGAGAUUUUUUUUAAAAAAAUGGCUGACUGUUUUCAAAAACAUGUACAUAUCCAUAAAUCCUUGAAAUUUGUUUUUUUAAUCUUGAUUAAUUUCUCAAAAAUCUAAGUUCUCAUUUGUUGCAGAGCAGCUUGUGAUAUGUGUAAUAUGAGUGAUGCAAGAGAAACAUGAAGGCAAGUGUUUUGUGCUUCAUGUUUCUCCAUGUCAUGCCCCAUUCGAAUUAGAACUUUCCCACCCUUGUACAUGCACCCCUUGUUGAUAUGGAACCCAUCUCUGUGUUGAGCACCUGCACAUUUCCUUGGAUGGUGAUGAAAAGCUAAAGCUCUAUCCAAGACAGAUACUGAAAAGAAGAAGCACAAGCAUUUAAGCAAAGAGGCUGUUGAGCUUACUAGUUUCCUUGCCCUGACCUCUUCAUCAUGCCAUGAUGAUCACAUCUGAAGCCACUCACAAAGCAUACAGAUGUUUGCUCAUAAAAACUCAAAUGUUUUCUUGAUAACUCUGUUUCACACAGUACAUUGUAUCAUACCUGAUGGGAGGGCUCACGUAGAGUAGGGAUGGGUUUCCCCCAGGUGUCCUAAAGAACUCUGUGCUGGGAAGAGAAAACCCGCCUGCACUCAGCCUUUCUGUGCCUGCCUUUGAUAUUCCUAAAUUAUCUACCUGCUUCAGGGAGGAAAUGUCCCCUUAACACAGAGUUCUUCAGUCCCAGUGCACUGUUGCUUCAGAAAGCCUCUCCAGAUGAAAUCCUGGGAGACCCAAAGCACUGUUGCCCUCAGGGACUAUGCCUAGUUUGACAGGAUUUUCAUUCUCUCUCUUGUUUUGUUUUAUGGUUUUAAAACCAAUGAUAGUUUUCUGGUUUAUAAAAACACACACUGCAAAAUAAAAUGUUAAAACAGUG